UUUUUUUUUAAGCUGUUAAGGUCGUACAUAAGCACGCUGGGCGGUGUUCAAGUGUUCCUUUCAACUUUUGUUCAGGUCAGACAGGAGCGGGUCGGACACGAAGCAACGUUGCAAAGUAUUUAUUUCAACAUUUCGUAAUGGCGUCGGAACGUUCUUUCCGCGCCGGCUCACGGAAAUAGAAAUAAGAGACCGUGCCCUUUGGAGGACAAGUCCACCUUAAAAAAAAGAAAAAAAAAUCAUCGUUGACAUCACGUCCGAGGAGUCUCCUUAAGAGGCGCCUCACCGACCUUCUCGAGACCGACAGAGAGGCACUCCAGAGCGGAUAGCUAGCUAAAGGAGCGACGGGCGGAAGCGCUUUCGACCACCUUGUGGAUAAUUUUGUUUCAUUGUCCCUCCUCCUCUUUUUUUUUUUUUUAUUCUUUCUUUCUUGGAAUUCGCCUCUGUUCUGUUUAGUUUUACACCUUACAUGCCAAAGCUGGGGGAACAAAUUGGAGCUACUUCCACGCGAAGCUUCGCGGUUCUCGCCACAGUCAUCGGUUAUCGGAUGGACCAGCAUCCCAGCGCCCGGAGCUGCACCAGCCGCGGGGCUUCUUCGACCUGCGAGGCCGCCCCCGCCGAGCCCUCCAUGAACCUGCACAUCCACUCCACUACCGGCACCCGCUUCGAGCUCUCGCUGCCCCAGGAGGAGACCGUGGACGGGCUGAAGAGGAGGCUCUCGCAGCGGCUCAAAGUACCCAAAGAGAGGCUCGCGUUGCUGCACAAAGAAACCAGACUAAGUUCGGGCAAACUCCAGGAUCUUGGCGUCUCCGAUGGGAGCAAGUUAACACUCGUACCGACCGUCGAAGCAGGAUUAAUGUCUCAAGCAUCAAGACCUGAGCAGUCAGUCAUGCAAGCCUUGGAGAGCUUAACCGAAACCCAGGUCAGCGACUUCCUGUCUGGCCGCUCUCCCCUCACGCUGGCCCUCCGUGUGGGUGAUCACAUGAUGUUUGUUCAGCUCCAGCUGGCAGCACAGCAGUCGGGCGGUCCGCAGCUCCAGCACAGGCAUCUUAUCACCCGGGGCAACUCGGAUGCCACGAUGGGCCCGCCCACGGGACAGCCUUGUCUCCCUCAAGCGCACUCCCACCUGCACUCCCACCAUCCGCACAGCCCCCACUUGCCUCAGCCAGGCCCCUCCACAUCUUCUUCUAUGAGCACCUCGACCUUCCCUCUUCCCUCCACACACCACCAGUCUCUGCCCCCGAUUUACCAUCAGUCCCCGUCGUCUGCUCCUCACUGCGGCCCGGCCACCCCUCCUCCUCCUCCCGCCCGCUCCCCUCGCAUGUCUCAUGUCCCCGGGAGUCUGUUCCGGUCUCCUCCUCAUCACCUGCGGGACCACCACCACUACCACCAGCCUUCCUCAGGCCAGAGCAGCCACAACAUGAGCCAGACCAGCCCUGUAGCCCCCGUUUUGUGCCCUGAGGCCAGCUGCAGCACCAGCAGCCCCAGUGGUGGCACCAGUUCCUCAGCGCGCUCCCGUAAACCUGGCGCCAUCAUUGAGAGCUUUGUGAACCACGCUCCUGGAGUCUUUUCAGGGACCUUUUCAGGCACUUUGCACCCGAACUGUCAGGACAGCAAUGGGCGCCCCAGGCGAGAUAUAGGUACCAUUCUUCAGAUUCUCAAUGACCUCCUGAGCGCCACACGCCACUACCAGGGCAUGCCGCCGUCCCUUACCCAGCUCCGCUACCAAACCCAGUGCAGCACGCCCAGCUCGCCGUCCCCGUCGCCGCCUCCCUCGCCCCCAGUGACGGGCGCGACGGGACUCUCCGCCAAAGCUACCUCGGUGCCCGCCGGUAACCCCAGCAGCCCUCCGCCAGUCCUUCAUCCAUUGGUGCAGUGCCAGAGCCAGAUCCGCAUGUGCAAGCCCCCUGGUGACCGGGUCCGGCAGACGGAGAACCGCGCCACCCGAUGCAAGGUGGAGCGCUUGCAGCUGCUGAUGCAGCAGAAGCGCCUGCGCCGGAAGGCCCGGCGGGACCAGCGCGGCCCCUACCACUGGCUGCCCAACCGCAAGGCGGGCCGCAGCAACAGCAACAGCAGCAUGUCCAGCGAGGGCUCCCUGGACCUGGACUUUGACGACUCCGUGUGGAAGCCCGACGUCAAGGCCGACUUGAAGUCCGAGUUCGUCAUGGCCUGAAAGUUUGGGAGGAUGUGCGGAGCAAAAUUUCGGAGGGGGGGGGGGGUCGACACGGGGUGUAGCCAGGAGGUUGUGAUGAUAGGAAUGACCCCCCCCCCCACCUCUCCCCUUUUCCACCACCACCUCUCACACCCCCUUGUCGACAUUAUCCUUCACAGCAGCAGGACUUAGUCUCAUGCUUGGAUUUGGACUCUUCACAUGUGGUCUCAUGACAAAGAUGAAACCUUGAAUUUGAGCAUAGCGGAAUUCCGUGGUGAGUGGUGGUAUUUCUUUUGUCUGUGUAUGUGCGUGUGUGAGAUAAGGCACACCCUGGACAGUAACUUAGAACUCCAAGUGGACUUCCCAACAGGACACAAAGCACCAGAUGGCCUCAGCGCUCUCUCCCAAAACCGCCCAACGACGGCGGAACCGCCGAACUCUUUGGAAUAUUGCGCCGGGCAUUCUUUCCCGAUCCCCAAACUCACUCGAGCAGUCCGCUUCUGAGCUUGUUACACAGGUUGAUUCAAUGUCUUGUUUUUUUUUUUUUUUUUUUAAAAACAUUCUAUUUUCUAAAACAGAAAACAAAACAGAUGUAGCAUUGUUCACAAAGCAUUCAGGUUUUCAUAGAACAGUUCAAAAUGUUGUUUUUUUUUUUUUUUGCACAGGAUCUUGAUUUCUAACUAGUGUGCAGAAGUAAUACGGAAGUAUUGAUCUCAACCUCAGCGAUCGGAACGAUUUUAAGGAUUGACGGAAAGUGCUUUCGAUGACGGAUAGGGGGGUGUUUUAAAUCUUUCCAAAAACAAAUGAUGACAUUUAAUGAGGGAAAAAAAAUGUUUUUUAUUUCAUUAAAAAAUCUCGCUGUUUUCCAAAAACACCGAGAUUAUAAACAUCCAUUCAGUCGUUCGUUCACGAGUUCGCGGCCGUCGAACGACGCACAACUCACGACCCAAGUAGUUUAUGUACAUAAAUGUGACGACUGGCAAAGAUUAAUUGGGGUGUGUGUUGCCCCCCCCCACCCCCACACCCCCCUCCCAUGUUUCCCGUUUUCACCCAAGUUCCUCCAAUCGGCUGAUGAUUUCCAUCUCCCUCACAACCAUCCUAUGUUCCUUUAGCGAUUAUAUUUUUUAUUGGCAAAGUGUGUCUAUGGGGGGGUUGGGUGGGGGUGGGGGGGUCUGUGAUCAGUUUGUUACCUAGUGCCUCCGCCGGGACAUCCAUGAACAUAUCACAGUUUUUGCUGCUACACACUUGACACACACACAAAAAAAGGAAAAUAAAAAAGUGUUUUCUUUUGCAUGCGGGAUGACGUGGGGAUGAAAUGGACAAAGGAGAGCAGAGGGCAAAGUUCACAUGCAUGAAUUUUUGAUGGAAAAUUAAAAAAAAAAGAAAAAAAGUGCUGCUUCUGUUAAGGAUUUUGUCACUAUUACUUGUGCGUGUUUAGGAAGAAACAGAAUAUUGGAAAAAAAAAAAAACAUCCUCUGAAAGUAUUAACGGCAAACCAGAAGAGAUGAUUUUAAAUGUGCCCCCACCCACUAAACAUUCCUUUUGUGUGACAAUGGAACCUUAUGAUGACUCAACUAGCCCCCCCCCCCUCCCCCAAACCUAGAAACUAUUAAGACCUCUUUCACGCCCGAAGACCGAGGAUCACAUACGGACGCAUUUGCCGAGGAACCAGCGGAAUGUCCCCCCCCCCCACGGAACUUGGUCCAAAACUAUUGAGCGCCCUCCCUUGCCCCAGCCACGAUUGCACUCCCAAGAGCAUGCAGUGAGAGAUUACCUUUUCUUUGGGGGUGAACCUCAUCUUUCUGUUAAGUGGCCUUACCUUUCACGAAGAAAUUGGAGACAAUGGGGACGGGAAUGUUAAAUUUUGUGGGUUUUUUUUUUUUUUUGUGUGUGUGUGUCGACUUGUCACCCAGGCGCCAUUUUCACGGCCAUUUUUUACACUGCCUGUAGAAGCCCACAUUUGUCCACCUACAUUUUUUUUUAUCACUGUAAAUGUGGGUACAAAAUCAAAACUGGAAAUUCCCCACUUUGGGAUGUAGUGUCUCACUCCCCCCCCCAAUAAAAAAAAAAAAUAUUUUAAGCGUAGCAAUGGAAGUGGAACAGCACCCGUGUAGCCCAUUUUUACACCGCAUGUAAAAAAAAAAAAAAAAGGUUCAAUUGUUUUCCCCCGAAUGUAUAAACUGCAACGACGCGGAAUAAGGAGGCUAAGUUCACCUUCGGAAGCAGUAUUUGUGUUUCGUUCUUAAUCCGAUACAAAACAGGAAGAGUAAGUUUGACUUUUUUUGCCUGCCUUUAGAGCACGGGUGUCAAACUCAAGGCCCGGGGGCCAGAUCCGGUCCGCCGCGUGAUUUUGUGUGGCCCGCGAGGGCAAAUCACGUCUAUCAACUUCCAUGAUUUUUGUCAUUCAUCUGUAACAAAAUUUAUGAUGAUAAAGUUGAGAUAUUGCAAGUAUUUUUUUGUUUCCUAACAUGAACAAUAGUUGGAAAAAAAAAACAUUCUGCUUGAUUUCUGAUUCAGAACUAGUGCAUAAAUUUGAUCUGUAAAUAUCACGAGGUGAAUUUUCAUGGAUUCACAGUCGUAAUGGCCGUCUAAGGGAAAUCGUAACUACAAUGUGACAAAAAACGAGUUUGACACCCCUGCUUCAGAGGUACAAUCCGUCGCCCAUCUUUCACUGUCUACACGGGUACGCUGUUGCCAUCCCCCCCAGCCGGCACUUGUAUAAACUGCUUUGCAAUUUUCCAGCUUUGUAGUAUCUCAUUUUCCGUGUCACUGUCGCGUGUGAACUUCACCGAGACGGACUCGCGGGAUGACGCUAACCUGCCCGUUGUCGUCUUAUUUUCUACAGCAUGUAAAAGCCCGCAUUUUCUGCAUUUUCCGACUUCUGAGGAAGUAUUAGAUCGGCGCGUGAAGGUUUUUCCUCACCGAUGUCUCUUUCUCGCUCUCUCGUGACCUUUCCCGCCUGUUGCUGGGCUGUGUAAAAGGCAAAGGUGGCUAAAUAGUGGAUCUUUUUUUUGUUUUUUGUUUUUUUAGCAGGAUCUGUGUAAAUGUGGCUAAUGUCUCCCAAGGACAACGAGGGCACGUGUCGUUUUGUGUUUUCUAGCUGGUGGAGUCUCUUAUUACGUCAAGGCUUCUGUGCCUUAAAAGUGUUUGCCCUCGCCGUAUCGAUUGAAAAGUCGCCACGUUCCUCGACGGCUGUGUUCGCUUUGUCACACGUCCCAGGAAAAAAAGAGGCUAAAUUUGAACUGUUCACGCUAUUAACAUGGCACGAAAAAAAAAAAAAAAAGGCAGAAAAGGUCCCGAGAGGACCGCAUGCACUUCCUGUUUGCUCGGAUCCAACAUUACCAAAAGGACAGUUGACCCGCCCGCGCACUCGCCCGCUCGCCCGCCCCUUCACUCCCUUUCGUCAAAUCCUAUUUAUUUUCUUUUUGUAUAUCUAUGAACUAUACUCUGUGUGUGCCUCACUCCUGCGUGAAAUUGAAAAAAUAAGACAAACGAUGACAAGAGCAUUACAGAGAGGGAAACGAAAAAAACAAACAAAUAUUGUCUAUGAAAUUCCCGAUCACACCAGUUUGAGUUGCCUGUUCUUUUCUUGUAGCCAACUAUUGAAAUUGAACCGGAUUCAAGAAUACAAUUUACAAUGUUCUAGCUCUAGACCGGUGUAGCACAUGUGUGACUGUAUUAAUUUAUGAAACCAAAAUGGUAACUGUGAAUUCUGUCUUUUUUUUUUUGUUUGUUUUUUUAAGUCGGGGGGGGGGGGGGGACAAGGCAGCAGCUCUUGCUCGUGUCUGGAUUUUACUUUUGUUAUUUUGUUGGUGGAAAUAUAAUAGAAACAAACCGUGUUUCUCAAAAAAGAGGAAAAAAAAAAAGAAAAUAUAUGAAUAUAUUUUUUUCUUAAGCAAUACAUUUCAGUGUGACUUGUGAUAGAACAUUUUCUUUUUUUAGGUAAUAAAUAAAAAGCCAA